GACUGGACUACUAAAUGAGGUCAUAGGUAGCAACCGGAUUCCGCCAGGCACUUGCCGAGUUGCCGCACGUCCGUCUCUUGGAAUCGCCACCAGCGCAGGAUGCGGUCCGCCGGCUGCGCUGUGCAGCAGGCGCUGGCCACGGAGGCGGCUGCCGUGGUGAGGCAGGCUGUGGCUCUGGCGCGCCGGCGCGGCCACGCUCAGGUGACGCCACUCCACGUCGCCAGCGCCAUGCUCUCGGCGGCCGGCCUCCUCCGCGCCGCCUGCCUCCGCUCCCACUCCCACCCGCUCCAGUGCAAGGCCCUCGAGCUCUGCUUCAACGUCGCGCUCAACCGCCUCCCCACCGCCGGCCCUGCCGCCGCCAUGUUCCACGGCCACGGCGGAUACGACGGACACCACGCACCCGUGCUGUCGAACGCGCUCGUCGCCGCGUUCAAGCGCGCGCAGGCGCACCAGCGCCGGGGCGCCGUGGAGGGCCAGCCACCGCAGCAACCGCAGCCGAUGCUCGCCUCCAAGGUCGAGCUCGAGCAGCUCAUCAUCUCCAUCCUCGACGACCCCAGCGUCAGCCGUGUCAUGCGCGAGGCCGGCUUCUCCAGUUUCCAGGUCAAGGCAAACGUCGAGAAGGCCGUCUCGUCACCGGACAAUCACCCAAACACAACAAGCAACCACCCUACGACGAGCUCUCCAAGCUUCGGCCACGCAAGUCGUCCCAACGCAAAGGCCGACGACGACGCCAUGCGCGUGCUGGACUGCAUGGCGAGCGGGAGCAAGCGGUGCGUGGUCGUGGUCGGCGAGAGCGUGGCCACCGUGGAGGCAGUGGUGAAGGCGGUGAUGAACAGGGUGAGCAAAGGCGAGCUGCAGCACUGCCACGAGCGCCUCAAGAACCUCCAAUUCUUUCCCCUCUCGGCCGCGUCCUUCCAGCGCAUGCCGAGGGAGGAGGUGGAGGCCAAAACCGGCGACCUGCGCGCGCUCGUGCGCCAGGGCUGCGUCGCCGGGAAGGGCGUCGUGCUGGUCCUGGAGGACCUCGCGUACGCCGCCGAGGCCUGGACCGCCGCAUCGGAGAGGAGAAGACGCGGCGGCGGCCGUGAACACGAUCAAUGCUACUGCCCCGUCGAGCACGCCGUCAUGGAAGUGAACAGCUUGGUGUCCGCCGCCGGCGGCGGCAGAGGCCUCGACAAGUUUUGGCUGCUAGGGUUCGGGAACAACCAGGUUUACAUGACGUGCAGAGCAGGACAGCCAUCUCUCGAGGCCAUCUGGGAGCUGCAUCCGAUCGUCGUGCAGGACGGCGGCCAAGCACUAAGCCUCAGCUGCGCCAGUGAGGCCAAAGCUAAUCAAGAAAGAUCAAGAACGGGGUGGCCCUUCGUUAACGGCGCUGUAGCCGGCGAGAGGGAGCUCACCUACAGUGAGGUGGUCACGGCGACGCCUAGCAUACCGCCGUGGCUUCGUCGGUACCGAUAUCCAGAUCAAACCAGACCGGCGAACUGCAGCACCAGUUUGCAGCAGCUGCAAGAUUGGAAUCCCAAUUGCAAUGGAUCAGUAGCACACCACACAUCCAAUCUCACAUUGAGCUUCUCUUCACCGGUUACUACCUCUCCGGCUGCUUCCAUCUCCAGUUUCGCCCACCUGCAUGAUGAUCCAAUGGCCAAGUCAUAUGAACAGCAGCCAUUGCAUGCAAACCCUAGUCCAGAAUCCUACUCGGUGUCCAACUCAUCCGACGGUGGCCUGGUGGAGCGGCCAAAAUUCAGCGAGCUCACUGCAGAGAAUCUCAAAAUCCUUUGCAACACGCUUGAGAAUCAGGUCCCGCAUCACAAGGAUGUGGUAGCAGAUAUUGCGAGUGCCGUGCUCCAAUGCCGCUCUGGCAUGAAAAGGAAGAUGCGGUGGCACCAAGAGAAGCCGAAUACGGCGACAUGGUUGUUGUUCCAAGGAAGGGAUAGUGAUAGCAAGAAGGCAGUGGCUCAGGAGCUCGCAAGGCUCGUCUUUGGUUCCUACGAUGACUUGACCUCCAUCUCACUAGACGAGUUCGCCCUGGUUCACUCUGAUUCCAGCUCUGGUGAGCUCAUCCUCAAGAGGCAAAGAUCACCGGACAAGAGGCAUGGCUAUGUUCAAAGGUUGUAUGAAACGAUACUUAGAAACCCUCAUCAGGUGAUAAUGAUUGAUGGUGUCGAGCAACUGGAUAACGACUCAGAGAUCAAUAUCAGGAAUGCGAUCACAAAUGGAAGAAUUAGAGGUUGCAAUGGUGAUGAGAUCUGUUUGGAGGAUGCCAUCAUAGUACUGAGUUGUGAUGCACUGUAUUCAAGGUCUAGCACUUCCUCCCCUCGACUCAAGCAAAUGUUCAUCAAUAAUAAUGACGGCGAGGAGGGAAAUUGCAUGAACAUAGAUAAGGGGAUUGAGUCGUCUUGUUUCACCUUAGAUUUGAAUGCGUGUGCCGAGGAUGGAGAAGGGUUUGAAGAGAGUGCUUCUGAUAAUGUGAUGAUCCUUAAUAUUGUGGAUGGCGUGUUCUUCUUCCAAUUAACGGAGGAUUUGUGACAUUUCCCUGCUUCAUUUGAUCAACAUAUUAGCCUAGA